AUGGUCGAUAAAAAAAGAAAAAGUAAAAGAUUGAGUACAAGAAAAAAAAAUAAAAUAGUAAAAAAGAUAAGAAAACAAGAAAAAGAUAGACGUAGAGAAGCCAGAAUGAAAAGAAAAAGCAAAGCCAAAAUUCCAAAACAUAUUCUUAUGACUGAUGAAGAUGUACAAAAGAUGAAUGAUAUUAAAAAUAAUGAACGUAAUCGUAAAGAUAUAGUAAUUGAUUUAGAGGACCCUUUUGAAAAAUUUAUUAAAAAUAACGAUUUUUUUAUUUUAGUCUUAGAUCCAAGAGAUACGUUUAGUCUUCCAGAUUUUACAAUUUUUCAAUCUAAACCAUUUUGUAUUGUUUUGAAUUAUAAAAAUGAUAUCCCGUUAAAUUUUUUAUUUAAAUUGUAUGAAAAUGCCAAGAAAAGUUACAAUACAUUUAUUGUAGCCAAGGACAUAGCUACUGAAAGCCUUAAGUCUAUACACAAUGAUUUUAUAUCUUUUGUAAACGACUUUUCAGGAUCAAUAGGCAUCUUAGGCGAACAUCAUGUGGGUAAAAAUUUUGUUAAGACGUUUAUUCCAGAAAGCAAUAUUUUUACAAUUGAAUCCAAACAAUCUCUUAGUAGUUUAUUAAGAAAAUGCUUACCUAUGAGAAAGGUUCUUUACAAAGAUUUAUUAAAAUCUCUUGUUGAAACACAAGACUUUAAAGAAAAGUUAAGUUUAUACUUUGCCAUUCCCCUUUACGACACUUUUAAUGAUUUUGUUGAGUUGGUCGCGGAAAAAAAAAUGAUUCGCAAGAAUAAGGAAUUUAGUGUGUCAAAGAUUUUACUGGACGAAUUUUAUGAAAAAAGAAUUUUAUUUUUUUACGACAUAAAUAACAUUUUACAAAUUUCUUUUAAUAAAUAA